AGAGGGAUGUGGAGGAUGAGUGUAAUGCAGAGGGCAGGUUCUUUGUCUCCUCCUCAGGGGGGGGGGCAAUUUACAACCCAUCAAAUGACCUGAUGAGGCUGCACUCAAAAUACAACCUCCCGUCAGUGACCAGCCAGAUGGCGCAGAGAACAUUUGAGACGGCAGCUCAGCGCUUGACAGAAGCACAAAAGUCAUUGGUGGCCGAUUACCUGACCCAUUCCAGCGCAACAGCCGAGAAGCAUUACCGCAUGAAGCAGUGUGAUAUCAUCGUGAAGACCUCUCAGCUGUUGAGCAACAUGAGUAAAGUCUCAAGUGCUGAGCCUUCUGGGGAAGGUACCAGGCAUGGUGCUUUCCCAUAUUCAUCACCCAUCAAACAGCCAGUGAUACGUCUGCCGAGGCUCCCCUCUCACAAUGAGAAGGUCAAAUUCUUCAAGGCAUUUGAAACCCUCCUGCAAACUUACCCUCUUUCACUGAAUGGGAAAAGGCCGGAAGUGAAACAACGUAGGAAUGUGUCUCAAGAGUUUCAGCGGAAGCUUCACACUUAUUGGGGGAGGAAGCAGUUGGAAAUGCGUGAAGCACAUACCUGCUCAAACUUCAGUCGGCGUAAGCCAACAAAAGAGCGACUCGAAGCAUGGAUUAAAAGGCAGGGAUGGAAGAUGACUGCCGGCCUCAGCGAUGAAGUUCUUAAGAACUGGGCACCAUCUGGAUCUGAGGACUGUACCACAGACAGCAAACAGAUACAGAAAUUGGUGUGAACACAGAAGUGGAGAGGACUUCACAUAAGUGACUUUGAAGGCAAGGGCAGAGG